AUGAAGCAAUCACUCAACUUUAUCUCGAAAUCGGCAAAGACCAGCAACGUCAUUCAUCAUCAUAAUGUGUCUUUGAUCAACUCUAUUGGAUGUGCUUCUCAAAAGGCCUUCAAAUCUACUGACGCUUCCUCAUCUGGAUCAGGAAAGUUCAGCUUGUUGGGUAACGUCAGCUAUUUCUAUGACAAAGCCGCUGAAGUUGUUUCAAAGAACAGCAAUUAUCCAAUCGGACUGUUGGACUACAUCAAAGAACCAGAGGCUGUUUAUGAAUUUAUUAUUCCAGUGCAAAGAACAAAGGCUAUGAACAGUUUUGAUAAAGAUGUUACCCUCUUGAAGGCUUACAGAGCACAACACUCGAGACAUUGUCUACCAUGCAAGGGUGGUAUUAGAUAUACAAGACUCUCUAGAGAUGACAUUGUUGGUUUGUCUUUGAUGAUGACAUUGAAAUGUGCUUUGAAUGACAUUCCAUUUGGUGGAGCUAAGGGUGGUAUCGAUAUUGAUGUGAACGACUACAAUUCAAUUGAAUUGGAAAAAAUCACAAGAAGAUAUGCCACUGAAUUGUUCACCAGACAAUACAUGAGCCCUGAAGUCGACGUUCCUGGUCCAGAUAUUGGUACAACUUCAAGAGAACUCUCAUGGAUUGCCGAUACAUACAGAGCAUUCUUCCCUGACAACAUUAACAGUGCAGCUUGUGUCACUGGUAAACCAGUUUCUCAAGGUGGUGUCAGAGGACGUGUAGAAGCUACUGGUAAGGGCUGCUACUUUGCCAUCAGAGAUUUUUACGCUGACAAGGAGGGAAAUACUCCUGAAGAUAAAGUUCUUCUCGGAAAGAAGGUCAUUGUUCAAGGUAUCGGAAGAGUAGGAAGUCAUACAGCUCAAUUCCUUCAAAGACAAGGAGCUAUUGUUGUCGGUAUUGCAGACUCAACUGGAUCAAUCUACAAUCCAAAUGGUUUAGAUGUUUCUCAAGUCUUAUUGCACAGACAAACAAAGAAGACCUUGAUGGGAUUCCCAGAAGCACUUUCUGUUAAGGAUCCAAAGGAAUUGUUGAAGGUGGACGCUGAUAUUCUCAUUUUAGCUGCUUUGGAAAAUCAAAUCAAUGAUAAUAACGUGAAUGAUAUUCAAGCUAAAUUGAUUGUUGAGGGUGCAAAUAUGCCAAUCUCAUCCACUGCAUAUGACACUUUACUCAAGAGAGGUCAUGAAGUUUUACCAGACAUUUAUGCAAAUGCUGGUGGUGUUACUGCUUCAUAUUUUGAAUGGUUAAAGAAUUUGGGCCAUGUUCAAUUCGGAAGAAUGACUCGUAGAGCUGAAGAAAAACACAAGAGAGACAUGAUUGAUGCUAUUACUAGAUUGAGUGGAAAACAAAGAUUAUCUCAAUUUGAAUAUCAAGUUCUCACUUCUGGAUCUGGUGAAAUUGAUUACGUCUAUUCCGGUUUAGAAGGUGUUCAACAUGACACUUGGAACAACUUGAAGAAAGUUAAGGAACAGUACAAUGUUGACUUGAGAACUGCAGCUUAUAUUUCUGCUAUUGACUCGGUCGCUCAAAGCUAUACAGAAAUGGGAGUUUGGCCAUAA